AUGUCUCCUGGAAUGACCUUGUUCUCGGUCCAGGCCAUCCUGGUCCUGAGCACCGAAGACGGUUCAAGAAUAUUCGCCAAAUACUUUACACCUCCCCACGCCGCUCCCACAGCUGGUUCCGGCAGCUCCUACCCCGAUACCAAGUCACAAAAAGCCUUUGAGAAGGGCCUCAUUGAGAAGACGGCCAAGCAGACUGGCGAUAUUAUCCUCUACGACAACCGCAUCGUUCUGUACAAGCUCGAGUCCGACGUCAUGAUCUACCUUGUCGGUGCCGCCGACGAGAACGAAAUUCUGCUAUAUAAUACCCUACUCGCGCUUAGAGAUUCCCUGCAUCUGCUGUUCAAGCAAUCUGUUGACAAGCGCACCAUUGUCGAAAACUACGACCUCGUUUCGCUUGCCAUUGACGAGAUUGUUGACGACGGCAUCAUCCUCGAGACCGACCCCACGAUCGUAGUCCAGCGCGUCAGCCGCGCACCUACCCAGGACCUCCAGGUUGGUCGCAUCGAUCUUAGCGAACAGGGUGUCAACAAUCUGGCGCAGCUCGGCAAGUCCAAGCUCGCCGACUGGUUGCGGCAGGGUCUGUAA